CAGGUGUUCCCGAGCGAAACACGCGCAACUCGCCUUUCACACGAGCAGCGCGAGCGGACAGCUGUCACCGGCGACAGAUAGACGCUCAUGUGAGGUUACACUCCAAUGGCGGUGUCGCGCGAGACUUCUGUCCUUCUUCAGGUGAAUGCUUUCUGUUUGUCAUGGGGGCAGCUCACCUCAGCUCAGCGUUUGCGCACCUGGCCAACCCACGCCAGUGAAGUCGUGCUCCUACAUGCUAUCUGAAAGGCUCUGGAGCGGAAUCAGGUUCCCGUGGGCAUUGUGGAUUAAAACCCUCGCGGGGUUUGAUACGUGUAAUUUGUGGAUUAAUGACUAAUAUGGAGCUGCCAGGGAGAUGUGUGCUACUCGCAGCGCUCGUGAUGAGCGUUCCUCACCCUGCGUGUUCAGGAUGUGAGAAUCGGGUGUGUAAUCCUCGCAUGGGGAACCUGGCGGUCGGGCGUCCUGUACAGACAGUCUCUCAAUGUGGCUCAACCUCUCCAGAACGCUACUGUAACUACGAAACGGGUGGUUGUGAGUUGCAUUGCGAGGUGUGUGAUGCUUCGGAAACGCAUCGCGCGCACCCACCCGCCUCCAUGACAGACUCGCCCUUCAAACACCCAGCGACCUGGUGGCAGUCCUCUCAGGAGACUGCCGUUGAAACUCUACAGCUGGAUUUAGAGGUGGAGUUUUACUUCACCCAUCUCAUUAUCAUAUUCCGGUCGCCACGCCCUGCUGCCAUGGCAAUCGAGCGCUCGCAAGACUUCGGGCACACGUGGAGCGCUCUGAUGCUGUAUGCGCACAACUGCAGUGGAGUGUUCAACCUGGAGGAGGGACACGGCUGCACUCAGAAAUACUCCACAGCAUCGCCUUGCAGCAAUGGAGAGGUAAUUUACCGUGCUCUGUCGCCCUGGGACAAACUGGAUCCAUACAGCAGUGAUGCCCGAUCCCACCUCGGCAUCACUAACAUACGGAUGCGUCUCCUUCAACCGCAGUCCUGCCCCUGCCAGCGGAAACUUCUUGAUGCCAACAUGCCUCCUGCCCACUAUGCCAUCUAUGACCUCAUCUUAAAGGGAGGCUGUUUGUGCCAUGGGCAUGCAGACCAGUGUGUGCCUGCUGGUGACCAACACAUCUCACACCCUCCUAGCAAACACAUGGUUCACGGUAAAUGUGUGUGUCGGCAUCACACGGCUGGGGAUCACUGUGAACGCUGUGAUCGUCUUUACAACGACCGACCAUGGCAACCAGCUAACGGUUUAACCGGAGAAGCUCAACCGUGUGCUAAGUGUAAAUGUAACGGCCACGCUGAGAGUUGUCACUUUGACGAAAGGACAUGGCUACGCUCGGGUCAGCGGAGUGGCGGUGUGUGUGACUGCCUUCACAACACCAGCGGCCGCCACUGCCAGCACUGCCAGAGCGGCUUCUACAGAGACCCCGAGAGACCCUUCACUGCCCCGGGCUCCUGCAGACGUUGCAUGUGUAACCAUGUUGGUUCCACAAGUUGUAACCCUGAUGACGGAGACUGCAUCUGUAAGCCAGGGGUGGCUGGGCCACGGUGUGACCAGUGCAUGCUGGGAUACUGGGGUUUCGAUGAAUAUGGUUGCAAGCCCUGCCAGUGUGCUGGCGAUUGUGACCCGUACACAGGAGACUGUAUGAUUAGGUCUGAAUCAGAUCCCAACAGCACGGCAGAAAAUCAUCUUUUUCGAACAGAAGAGCUUUUCUCCGCCCUUAGUCAUCCAGACAAAUGUGUAUGCAAACAGCAAGCCCUUGGAAACCGCAAAGUGUUCUGCAGCGUAAAAUAUGCUUAUGCAGUGAAAGUGAGAGUGCUCGGUGCUCAUGAUAAGGGCUCUCAUGCAGAAGUGGAUGUUAAGGUUCUCAAGGUGUUGUGGGAUAACUCGCGCCUCAGGCUCUCUCGGGGAAAUCGAACACUUUAUCCCGAGUCUUGGACGUCACGAGGCUGCACCUGCCCUGUACUUUUCCCAGGGGUGGAAUAUCUCGUAGUUGGACACGAGGAUGUGAGAAAAGGCCGUCCCAUGGUUAACAUGAAGAGUAUAGUGAAGCCAUGGAGACCCAGCUUGAGCCAAAAAGUCCAUCAGCUUCUGAAAACCAAAUGUAGUUCAAAGACCUAGAGACUCCCAUGCUACCUGUCAACUUACCCUUUAUUUUAUUAAGACCAUUUUCACCCUCUCAAUCAAUCCUUUAAAACAGUGGUUCUCAACCGUUGCGACUUUUGUCCAAGACAAAAUUUGGAGACCCUUCUUUCUAAGCUGAUAUGUACCUCUGGCACUUCUAUUGUAAUAAAAUAAAAAUAAAUAAUUUAAUAACAGUUUAAUGUUGUGAAUAUAAUUGCAUUUAUACCGUUUUAAGACGUAUUGGUAAGCUUGCUGAGACCCCUAGUGGGCCUCCUGGUUGAGAACCACUGCUUUAAAACAAGCUGUAUGGAUGUAUUCGCUAGCUGUCAGGUGAAUACUAGCACUGUACAAAGUGUAUAAAAAAUAUGUAUGUAUGUGUAUAUAUAAGAUAAUAUAUGUAGUUUUUUAUUUCUAUAACUAACCCUGUAUAUAGCAUGCAUUUUGUACACAUAAAAUACAAUGCAUAUAUGCAAUAUUAUUGUCUUAUGGUUACCUUUAUCACGAUUGGAAAAAAACGAGUUUUCUUACUUUUAUUGAUGUGCAUUAAUACAUUUUAGUACCGAACAUGACCACAAGGUGUCAGCCUAUAAUCAUA